AUCAUAAUUUAUUUUUUUUCCGAAGAAAUAACUAUUAUAAUUUUACGAUCUGAUGCGUAGUGCCACAGCGGCGGAACAAAACCAAUCCAACGUGAAUACUACUAUCGCGAAUACUACAUCCACGAAUUCUACUACCGCAUUCCAAAGGAAUCUAUCAAAGGACAGUUUUAUUUACAAAUAUUAUAAAAAAUUUAUCAAUUAUCUACAUAAUCUAACAGCAGAGGAAAAAACAUCAACUGUCGAUACUACCAACUCUACUGUCGACACUACCAACUCUACUGUCGACACUACCACUGAAGAAUUUCUGGACAUGCCAAGAAACAUUUAUCCACUACCGUAUGAAAAAACUAACCGUAUAUUACAAUUAAAACCUAAUUUUCUUAUGACCGACGGCGCAGAAGUGUGCCACAAAUCAAAUACGACGGAGAAAAUAAAUCUGCUGAUCUUGGUGGAUUCGUUGGCCGAUAAUUUCCAACAGAGGAAAAGAAUACGGGACACGUGGUGCAAGUAUUGGGUAAGCCGAGUAACAAGUGUGCGAGUCGUGUUCUUCUUAGGAAAACCACAAAGCACCGUUAUGAAGAAUGAAGUGACCGCGGAGAAUAGUAUCCACAAUGAUAUUGUGUGGUCAAACAUAAAAGAUUUACCUGCUCUCUAUGGGUCAAUAAAAGCGUUAUCGUGGAUGCAGUGGUUGAUGACAAAAUGCAAAAAUGCCAAUAUGGUGUUAAAAGUCGACGAGAACGUGAUCCUCAACGUACCAGCAAUGUUGAAAUUCGUAAAAACAAACCACAAAGCAGUCAAUACCAUAUGGGGAUUCGAGGAACAAAACGAAUCACCAUAUUCGUUCAAAUAUCUUUUAAAACAUGGGUACUUAAUGUCUUAUGAUGUGAUACCGAAAUUGUUUCGCGGUGGAUUUAAGAGAAUAGACUAUAUACCUCAAGAAAACAUCUACUUCACGGGAAAAGUAGCGCAGUUAGAAAAAAUCAAUUUAAUUCAUACACCUGAGUUUAAAGGGAUUGAUGUGAAAACAAAUAAUUUUAACGGUGAUCCAAGUGAUAUAAAAUUCACUACCGCAAAUUGUCAUUAUUACAAGAAUCAUAUUAUUUUCUUACACUCCAAGAAAGAAUACGAGUGGUUAUACUUAUUGUUGACAUUCUCAUCUUGCCCAAAAUAUAAAUUAUAA